GCGCGUGCCCAAACCAGCGUGCGCAGGCGCGGACGGGCCACGCAGCUGCCGUUGCUCACCCGGCUGCCAAGUGGAGCGACCUGUUACUAGAAGUUCCCGGGCUCGUAAGAAAGGCACUGCUGGGAGCCAUGGUCCAUGCCUUCCUCAUCUACACCCUGCGGGCUCCGCACGCCGAGGACACCGGCUUCUGCCGAGUGCUCUACUCCUGCGUCUUUGGUGCUGAGAAGUCACCUGAUGACCCAAGGCCACAUGGUGCUGAGAGGGACAGGCUGCUCCGCAAGGAGCAGAUUUUGGCCGUGGCCAGGCAGGCGGAGUCCAUGUGCCGGCUGCAGCAGCAGGCAUCCGGCCAUUCCUCCGUGGAUCUGCCACCCCAGUCCUCAGAUGAGCCAGCGUCCCUGCAUGAGGCCCCACAUGGGGCCUUCCGCCUGGCGGCAGGGGACCCUUUCCAGGAGCCACGGACGGUGGUCUGGCUAGGCGUGCUGUCCUUAGGCUUUGCGCUGGUGCUGGAUGCUCACGAGAACCUGCUACUGGCCGAGGGCACUCUCCGGCUGCUGGCACGCUUCCUCUUUGACCACCUCCGCCUGCUGGCCCCCAGUGCCAAUCUCCUGCUGCGGGCGGACCGUGUUGAGGCCAUCCUCGCCCGCUUCCUGCCCCAUGGUCAGCUGCUCUUCCUCAAUGACCAGUUCGUCCAGGGUCUGGAGAAGGAGCUCAGUGCUGCCUGGCCCCUCUGACCCCCUCGUCAGGAUGGGGCUGUCUGAGAGGGCACAGAGGGAGGAGAGAGGACAGACACAGCAAGGUGAAGCGUGACAUCUGGUUUCUGCUCAGCCUGCACCCAGCUCUGAUGUGCCACCAUGCACAGGAUAGGUGGACGGGACAACUGGCAGAAAAGGGGCUGGGCCAGGAGGUGGAGGAAAGGGCUCUAGCUGACCCCAGGCUUAGCAGAAUCACAGAGCAGCACGUGCCUAGAGCAGAUGCAUGACUGAUUCAGACCCUGCAUUAGGCCCACUGCACUUCCGCUUGAUCCACCUCUCCCCAUCCCUGCCAGCCAGCCCUGCACAUGCCUCCACCAGCCCCGCUACUGCCAUGCUGGUGAGGAGGGGCUGCCCGGAACUCAGCCCACCUCUCCUUCUCAAACCCACAGUCAUCUCAGGGCCGGGGGCAGGGGGGCGGGGCUCGCCUCCAUGUGGACCAUCAUCAGUAAAGAUUUUGUCAGCGAGGCCUGCUCAGAGUCAAGUCCCACCCACCACUUUUUUUUGGGAAAAAUGCCUCAGCAGGGGGCUUCUAUUGCUUCUUUGUUCUGACCCCAUGCCUCCAGGUAAUCCUGGGCUUCCCUUCUCUGCAGGGAGAGAAGGAGUCUGUCAGGUGGAUGUGCGUGGCCUGGACCCAAUGCCGGGAGCCUUCUCAUUUUGAAUUAAAACCAGCUGUGUGGUUUCACCCUCUGUUUCCGUGAGUUUGACUAAUGAAUGUGCGCCGCUGUGAGGGAGUGCCUCUGUGGAUGAUGGUCUGAGCCUUCCUUCGUGGUCAAAGAUGGGGGUAAACUCCUUGUUGUCCCUAAGAGGCUUCUUGGGAGGCCUCCAUCUCAUGCCCUACAUAAUGGGUGUCUCCUUAUGUGUCCCCUAUGGAUGGUGGUGCUUGCUUCCUUUGCCAAAGCGAGCAUCACAGGUAGUGGGUAGGUGUGGAUCCCUGAGAAGCAGAGCCUGAGACAAGGGUUGUGUGCAAGUGGUUGAUGUGGGAGGUGAUCCCAGGAAGCACUGAAAGGGGAUUAAGGAAAUGAGCUGAGGAAAAGAAGAGAAGGCAAGGCAGCCAGUUACCACUGUGGGUAGGGAGCUCAAUCCCUCUGGUGGCCUCUGGGGACCAGUUUACAACAUUCACCUCUGAUCUCAUCUGAGUAGUAAGAGAGAUGGGGGUCUUUGUCCACUUAUUCCCAUCAGGGAGGUGGGAAAUUCCCUCGAUCUUUCUGCCCCCAGAAAAAGCCAUCAGACAGUUUGAAGCUGGCCUGCUGCUGCACAGGGGUAAGUUUCAAAGGGAUAUGGGCGGGGUAUUAAAACCUGCUGCCAUCAAGUCAAUUCUAAUUCGUAGUGACCUUACAGGGCAGAGUAGAACUGUCCCACUGGGUUUCCAACAAACGGCUGGUGGAUUCGAACUGCUGAUGUUUUGGUUAGCAGCUGAGCUGUUAACCACUGUCCCACCAGGGUUAUUUAAUCAGCAGCUUCUAGUGGUGCUUUAAAAUUAUUAAAUUGGAAGUAAAACUCAAUUCACGUAUGUUUUCAUGAUCUGCCUGGUACCUGGAGGUGGGGUUUUCUUGGCAUGGGCAGGAUGAGCAUCCUCCCAGGUAGGCAGGGUACAGGUGCAUGUGCCAGGUGUAGGCCCUACCUCAUGCUUGCCCUUUGGCACCCAGUCUGGACUCUCCCAUGCCCAUUUAGGAGGCAGCCCUGAUGAUCAAGAUUUUGUCCUACCAAGUCUGCAGCCAAUGCCACUGGCCGUGCCACCUACCACCCCCACCAUCCCCAUUGGCAACGAGGCCACCUCUUCUUCUAUCUUAGGGUACCACAAAUCACCCUCUGUCUUUGAAGCAGAGUCUUCAGUCUGGCCUUGAAGACCUAAGAGGCCUGUACCAUCAUAUCUCCUUCAGGGCAGGGUGGUUUUUCUAACCCUGUGGCACUGAAGACUGCUGCCCAGCUUGUUCUGGGUUUCAAUACUUAACUUUUAAAAAUUAUUCGUAUGCUUUAUUGUAAACAUUUAACAAACCUUUGUCAGAUGUAACAUUUAGUAACCCCUUAAUCAAGGUUCUGAACAUUUAUUAAAGCAAUUAAAGUGGCCUUGACUUUUUAAGAUUUUUUAAAAAUUAAGUUUUAUUUUCUGACUAGGUAAUACGUUCUCAUGGCUCAGAAAUCAAAAUGAUAAAAAGUUAUCACUGAGAAAACUUACUUCCACCCCACCCACCCUGUUUGCUUCAAUCCUCCCAUAGAUAAUAGCUUUCUAGGCUUCCUGCAGACCUCCAAUCUUUUCUUUUUACAAAUACAACACAUAUGAACACGUUUUUAUUUACUUUCUGCUCUGCAUCAUUUUUGUACACAAAAGGCAGCCUAUUAAAUAUAGGAUCCCGCAUUUGCUUUUUUCACUAAAUGCUGUAUCCUGGAGAUCUUUUCCUAGAACUAUGGAAAUAGCAUCCUUACUCUUUUUUAUUCUUAUCUAUCUUGUAGAUAUACUAUAGUUUACUUAACAAAUCUAAAAAUUAUUGUAAGGUAUUUCAGGCUUACAAAAAGGUGCUUAGACUUUGUUUAGAAUUAUAUAAUGAGCAUCCAGGUACCCAACUUAAAAAAUAAAACCUAACGUUGUACAUUAAUGUCUGCUUUUAUUUUUGUUAACUCCUUCCUUCUGUUUUUUUUUUCACUUUUUUUUUUGGUGAAAAUGUACACAAUAAAACACACCAAUUCCAGUUUCUGCGUGUACAGUUCAGUGGCAUUGAUUACACUCUUCAAGUUGUGCAACCAUUCUCGCCAUCCUUUUCCAAAUUGUUCCACCUCCAUUAAGAUAAACUCAUUGCCCCCUAAGCUUCUCAUCUUUGAGUUGCUGUUGUCAGUUUGAUCACAUAGAGAUAAUUUGUUAAAAGACUACAAUGCUUAAGGCAGACAUUCUUUACUAAUUAAGCUAAGCUACUAUUUGGUUUAAAGAAGACUUCAGGGGAUAUUUUUAGUUUAAAGUAUUAUCUCAGGGUAAUAGUUUCAGAACUGCCCCAGGCGAUCAUCCAGCCUCAAUGGCUCUAGAAAAUCUCGAUCAAAGAGAAUUUUAAAUUUCCCCCCUUUUGAUCAGGAUUCUUUUAUAGAUUUAUACAUUCAGUAAUGGUAGUCGGGCACCAUCCAGUUCUUCUGGUCUCAUGGCAAAAGAAGCAGUUAGCCUCACAUUACAGUUCCUCCUCCAAUUCCUGAUUCCCCUUUCUCUGCUGCUCCAGGAAAAGAGAGACUAAUUGCUAUGCCUUGGAAUGACUGUUCACACAUUUUUAAGAUACAAGGUAGACACUAUCUACCCAAACUGUUAAGUAGAAAAGAGACUUUAAAAACAAUAUUAUGCCAAUUGACUGGAUUGUCCCACGAGACUAUGACCCUAAAUCUCCAAAUCAAGAAACAAAAUGGUUGUACAUAAGCUACAUCACAGCUGCUCUUUUUGGUUGCUAUUGUAAAAACAUAAAUGUAACUCAGUAUUUACCAAUUCAGCCUUUUUUAGGUGUACAGCUUAGUGACAUCAAUUAUGUUAAUCAGGUUGUACAACCAUUGCCCUUAGUCAAUGCCAAAUUUCCCAUCACCGUGAACAGAAACUCAUUGCUUCCUUCCUUCUGUUUUCAUUUGGUUUAUCUCUUUUUAAGGGUGCCUGAUUCUUCUCUUUUCAGUCUUUUCUAUUCUCUUUAACAUUACAAAUUCUUUAAUAAAAUAAUCAAAAGGUUGGUUUGAGCUUUCUAUACCUCCAGUUGUUUUAGGAACCCAAGUGCAGUCAGUAUUUUCCCAAACUGACAAUAACUGUAGAAAAUUGUCUUUGAGAAAGCAGGCAAUUCUUCAGAGUAGGAAUUUAAACAAAAUAUCAUUUUUAAAAAGUUCUGUCAGAUGUAGAUUAAUUUACAAAGCACAUGUACAUAUUUUAAUCUUUGAUAUAGUUGAAUUUAUUAUUUUAAUCUUUCUUAUUUAGGAAUAUUAAAAGUUAUAAUUCUCCUCUGACCAUUCCUUCAGUUUUGUCCCAUAGGUUUUGGCAUGUGUUGUUUUCACUACUGACAUGUUCUGGAAAUUCUUUUAUUUCCUCUUUGAUUUCUUAUUUCUAUAUGACCUCAUAUUUCUAUAUUCUAUGUUAAAAAAAAAUUUGGAGCUUUUGGCUUGAUGUUUUUGCCUGGGUACCCCACAGAUUCUUCAUUUUUAAAUUUUGGUUAAGUAGAGGGUCAUUGAAAAUGGGGGAAAACCUUGGUGAGGUGGAUUGACACCAUAGCCACAAUAGUGGGCUCAAAUUUACCAACGAUCAUGAAGAUGGCACAGGACAGAGCAAUGUUUUGUCCUGUUAUAUAUAAGGUCACUCUGAGUCAGAGCUGACUCAAUGGCAGCUAACAACAUUACUAGACUGUAUCUUACACUGUGUUUUUCAUAUGUAGGUUUCAGUCUUUUUUUAUGUCUGAAACAUUUCAAGUUGUGCAACCAUUCUUUCAAUCCUUUUCCAAAUUAUUCCACCACCAUUAAGAUAAACUCACUGUCCCCAUCUGUACACAGCUAUUGUAUUUCAUUGCUUUGUUCCCAAUUAUGCAUUGCAAUUAUGUAUUCCAGUUAUGCAUCUUGGCUCUCCGUUGCCUAUCUUCUAUACCUGUUUUUUUUUUUUUUUCUUCCCUUAAUCCUUUUAAUGUGGUAGAUCUCAGAAAGCACCAAAAAGAAAAAUCACUUCCUGAAGAUGUAUCUCUUAUUUGCAAUGAGGUAGGAACUGCAAUGAGUAAGGCUGGGAAUAAAGGCCUCACUAGACCCAGUUGAGUUUAAUCGAAGCAACAGCCUGUAGGCUGUGAAGUUCAUCAGGCUCACUUCUGUGCUCCAGAUAUCUGUCUUCUGGGUGGUUACAAAUCUUUCACCCUUGUUGGGCUGGCCCAUCCCUUAGUAUUCAAAUUCAGGUUGCUUGAACUCCUACCCUACCUGUAAUGGGAACACCCAGUAAUAUCCCCAGCAUCUCUGGGGGUUCACAUAGGACUUAUAUGUCUCCUGAGCAUCACUUGUUCUAAUUUUCUGCCAGUUUCACUAUGUCUCAGGGAAUGUGCUUGUUCUCUGUGUCCUGAUGUGUGUAUCCAAACACUGAACACACACCCUUUCUCUUGAUGCCGCCAAAGAAUCAGGCAUUUGGGUAUAGUAGACUUUUACUAAUGUUUAGGGAGGAUAGAGGAGAGCUAAUUAGCCCUAGUGGUGUAACGGUUAAGCGCUCAACUGUUAACUGAAAGGUCAGCAGUUGGAACCUACCAGCAGCUCUGCAGGAGAAAAGACCUGGUGAUCUGCUCCCAUAAAGAUUUCAGCCUAGGAAACCCUAUGGGGAAGUUCUACUCUGUCCUAUAGGGUUGUCUUGAGUCAGAAUCGACUUGACAGCACACAACAUCUUAUGGAAUGAUAGACCGCAAACCAUAGAACUGAUUGUUAGACACUCCCAUUCCUCCAGGUCUUGUAACCAGUCUCCCUGCGGGGAUUUUCUCAUGUCUCAUCUCCAGCUGGGACCUCAGCCUCCCAUCCUCAAAUUUCAGGGUGCUCCCUUCUCUUCUCUCUGGUCUCCAGCACCUUCAUUUCUCAUUUCCUGUUCAUAUUGAGCAGUGUAGGCUCCAUGCUCCACCCAACUUGGCUCCAGACCUACUUUUUUUUUUUUUAUUAACUUUUAUUGAGCUUCAAGUGAACGUUUACAAAUCAAGUCAGACUGUCACAUAUAAGUUUAUAUACACCUUACUCCGUACUCCCACUUGCUCUCCCCCUAAUGAGUCAGCCCUUCCAGUCUCUCCUUUCGUGACAAUUUUGCCAGCUUCCAGCUCUCUCUAUCCUCCAAUCCCCCCUCCAGACAGGAGAUGCCAACGCAGUCUCAAGUAACCACUUGAUAUAAUUAGCUCACUCUUCAUCAGCAUCUCUCACCUACCCACUGUCCAGUCCCUUUCAUGUCUGAUG